AUGGACCAUGUUUCUGGUAAAACCUACUGUCAUCCAACUAGCUCCAGUCUCCGCCGCGUCUAUCCUUUUUCUAUUCCUAAUACCAAUUCUAUGACUUCCCCAGGCCUAGUCUCUUGUGUGCUAAUCCACAAACGUUGUGGCACGGCCUUCUGUCCUCAACUCAGCACUCCUACCGAAUCCUGCGCCCCUAUGCCUAGCCUCGAAGCACCUCUUGACCAAGCUUUGUACGAGCUGGCCAAGGACUCGCUCGCCCAGCAGACACUACAAUUCGGCUUUCAAACUCUACUCAAGUCUCUUCUUGCCCUGGCAAAUUCAGCUCAAGCAUCUCGUCUGUAA